GCAUAUACAGAAAGUCAGGGGAACAUACAGUACAUGCAGGAGACACCAGUCUGCCUCAGAGUUACACACCUUCUCCUCUACUUCAUGCCAGAUUCCAACACAACCAACUUCACCAACCCCUCCACCUUCAUCCUGCUGGGCAUUCCUGGCCUGGAGGCAGCCCAUGUCUGGAUCUCCAUCCCCUUCUGCACCAUGUACAUCAUAGCCAUCUUAGGGAACGUCACCAUCCUGUUCGUCGUGAAGAGGGAGCCGAGCCUCCAUGGGCCCAUGUACUAUUUCCUCUGCAUGCUGGCCGUCACCGACCUGGUCCUGUCUACGUCCAUCCUGCCCAAAACACUGAGUAUCUUCUGGUUUAAUUCCAGGGAGAUAGAUUUCAGUGCCUGCCUCACCCAGAUGUAUUUCAUUCACUGCUUCUUAGUGGUGGAGUCUGGGAUGUUCGUGGCUAUGGCUUUUGAUCGCUACGUGGCCAUCUGCAAUCCCCUGAGACAUUCUACCACCCUUACAAACCCUGUGGUGGCCAAGAUCAGCCUGGCUAUGGUGUUGCGUGGUUGCAUGUUCAUAUUGCCCUAUCUCUUCCUGGCGAGGCAAUGGCCAUAUUGCAGAACCAACAUUAUCCCCCACACGCACUGUGAGCACAUGGCCGUGGUGAAGUUGGCCUGUGCAGACACUCACGUCAGUAAUUACUACGGCCUCUUUGUGCUAUUCUGUGUGAAGGGUAUGGAUAUAAUUUUUAUCUUCCUGUCUUAUAUCCAGAUCCUCAGGAGCAUCUUCAGCCUCCCCACAAAGGACGCUCGGCUCAAGGCUUUUGGGACCUGUGGCUCCCACCUCUGUGCCAUUUUUACCUUUUACAUCUCAUCUCUCUUCUCCUCUCUCAACCACCGGUAUGGACACAAUGUGGCCCUGCAUUUCCACGUUUUCAUGGCCAACGUGUACCUCCUGGUGCCCCCCAUGCUAAACCCCAUCAUCUACGGGGUGAGGACCAAGCAGAUCCGGGACAGACUGCUCCAUCUCGUUACUCAUAAAGGGACCUAA